UCCGCGCAGGGAUAACGACACUGAGAACUGGCCGUGGAUAGAAAGAGGAGCGAGUGGAGGAAGAGAGGAAGAAAAUUAGAGCGAGAGGAGAAGAGGAAAAAGUGAAGGAGCAAAGACACACAAGUGUUUUCCCAACUGGAAAGAGAGAGAAGAAGAAAGUGUGUGAGUGUGUGUGAAAGGAAGAGACAGAAGGAGAGAGUGAGUGUGCCCCUUCACCACUCUCCACUUCUUCCACCACCACCUCCAUGUCGCUCCCCGGCUCCCCUCCGCUCCUCACGCCGGGUUCUGGCACCCCAACUCCGGUCGCGCUCUACCGCUCGGCCCCCGACGCGCUCCACACCUCCGUCGCCUCCACCGGCACCUCCAGCCCGCACACCAACUCCAACUCCCACACUCACUCCCACUCCCUGUCCCCGUCUCCGCGGCUCACCAGCAGCAUGCUCAGCGCUUUCCUGCCCGGACCAGGGGGCGCCUUGGCCGGCUUGGGCAACGGCGGCGCCGCCACGCUUGUGUCCGGAGGCGGUGCUGCUCUCGGUCCUCUUGGUGGACUCGGCUCGAUCAGCACGGCCGGCCUGACCCCCGGCUCCCCCGGCUUAGCACAGACUUCGUCCAGCCCGGGUCUUUGCAGCGAGUGCAAGCUGGUGGAGGUGCACGGCGUGAAGGUGGCCAGCUUCAACGUGGACGGCCAGGAGCUCAUCUGCCUCCCGCAGGUGUUCGACCUCUUCCUGAAGCACCUGGUGGGCGGGCUGCACACCGUCUACACCAAGCUGAAGAGGCUGGACAUCACGCCGGUGGUGUGCACCGUGGAGCAGGUGCGCGUCCUGCGGGGGCUCGGCGCCAUCCAGCCCGGCGUGAACCGCUGCAAGCUCAUCUCCAGGAAGGACUUCGAGACGCUGUACCAGGACUGCACCAGCGCCAGCUCUCGCCCGGGCCGUCCUCCGAAGCGCUGUUCUGGUGCAGGGAUCCAGGAAAGCCCCAGGCUGCUGCACCCGGGCCUCCCCGGCCUGCUGUCCCCCAACCUGCUGUCCCACACCGGCCUGACAGCAGCAGCCAUGGCCGAGCUCCAGAAGCUUCAGAAGAUGAAGAUGAUGAUGAGUCUCCAGAACGGCAACGAGUCGGACAACGACGACUUACACUCCACCACAGGAGGGAGCGAGUGCUCCUGGGAUAAGGAGCGCCUGACCAGCCCCCCUGCUGGAGCCCACAGCGGAGGGCCAGGAGGAGGGGGAGGUGGAGGAGCAUCAGCAGGAGCAGCGGGAGGCGCCGGAGGAGGAGGUGGUGCAGCCGCAGGUGGAGGCAGUGGGAGGGGGCCGGCCAUAGGAGCAGUCAAUCAACAACAGCUCCAACAGCAGCAACAGCUACUGGCUAACCGCCUGGACCUGCCCUUCAUGAUGAUGCCCCACCCCCUGCUGCCCAUGGGGCUGCCUCCCGCGUCCGUCGCCAUGGCGAUGUCACAGAUGAACCAUCUCAGCACCAUCGCCAACAUGGCCGCCGCGGCCCAGCAGAUACACACUCACGUACAUCGCGCACCUGUCAUCAAGGAGAGAGUGUGUGACAGUCCGUCUCUCUCUCCGUCUGUCGAUGAGACCAACACUCCUCUGCAGUCGCAGCCCAGCAGCUCGGCCUCCAGCUCGCCCGAAAGACUGGGAUUGGUGUCAGCUGAUGCAGAUGUUGCACUGACCAACCCUGCCGCACCCAUCAAGAAAAUAACAAAAGACAAAGAAGAGUCUUCGCUGGGUCAAGCCCUGCCCCCCGGGUUCCCCGCUCCGUUCCUAUUCGCUGACGGCUUGUCGUCAGUGGAGACCCUGCUCACCAACAUACAGGGCCUGCUGAAGGUGGCGGUGGAGAACGCCCGGGCGCAGGACAAACAGAUCCAGGCGGAGAAGAGAGAGCUGAAGAUGGAGCUCUACAGAGAGAGAGAGAUGAGGGAGAGUCUGGAACGACAGCUCACCUCCGAGCUGCAGAGCCGAGCCUCCAUCCAGAAGCGCCUGAAGAAGGAGAAGAAGGCCAAGAGGAAGCUGCAGGAGGCGCUGGAGUUCGAGUCGAAGAGGAGGGAGAGAGUGGAGGACGCUCUGAAACACUCGUCCUCGUCCUCCCCCUCUCCUGAGCCGCUGCACGCCGCCAACACCAACAACGGCAAGAACGACGCUGCUGUAGCCGAGGAUAAACCUGAACUUAAUGGAAACCAGCAAGACAACGGCGCUGUACAAGAAUCCCGGCCGUUUCUGAAGACCCCCAUGAUGUUUUAGAGCCGGAGACUCCGCCUCUAGGAACCCCACCCCUCCCCACCUUACCCUUCACAGCCCCGCCCACACCUGCACAGAGGAACUCCACCAGCCCGUUUCCACAGCAACCACGGCAGCCUGGAUCACCACGGCAACGACCUCCCCAGGCGGGAUUCUACCUUUGCUACCAUGCGACCUUUUGGACGUUGCUAAGAAACAAUGAGACUACUAAGAGACACGCCCCUUACGUGGACUUAUUUUGGGGUCGUCUGUACCUUUUUCUUCUCUUUCUUCUUUUUAGACAAACUUCACUCCGUUCAUUCCUCUUUUUCUCUCCCGACACAAGGACCUCUCUCAUCCCUCGUUUGUUUUUCAAAAACUGCAAAGUAAAAAAAUCAAGAAGUCACAGCGAGGCAAACGGACAGGACCGAUUCAACGCGCUCUCACAUUUAAACGGAUGUCAUCACAAAUCAACUUGGUAGAACGCUGAACGGAAAGAUUACCACCAGAGAUCAAUUUGAUUGGACAACUGAGACUUAAAUGGUCCAAUAAAAUGAUGUGAGUCAUGGGACCAAACGAGCCUGUCGCCGAUUGGUGCUGAAGAGACAAGAGUGGUUUCAUGAAAAGACUGAACGUUCUUAUUUCCUUUUCUUAAAAAGCGAAAGUUUCAAACCCCCUCUGGAUUUAAACGUAACUUCAGUCAGCCCCACUGGCUGGCUGUCGCCACGCUCUGAUUGGACGGUAACCAGCUAAUCGGAGGCGCUCAGGAUGACGGAGGAAGCGGGGGUUAAAAAAAAAAAAAGAAGUGUAAAAAAUAUUUGGAAGGGAAAAAAAAGAGGAAAACAAUCUGGGAGGCUAUUUCUGUCUCUCAUGUUUCAUUCAUUUUUGUUUUCCAUACAGGGACUGAAAAGAAUGCAUGGGAAAACUUUUCUUAUGUUGUCAUUUGGUUUAUUUUAUCCUCCGUACACUCCUUACUUCCAACUCGUUAUCCUCUUCCCCCCCUUCUUCUCUAUUUUCUGUCUCUUUACCAUAUAAAUCAGCUCCUCUUCCUCUUACGUCUUCUCACUUUUUUGCUUCCUCUCCUUUUCCCAGCUUCUUCUACAUCUUUCUUUUAUCCUUUAUGUCCUCUCUCUCUCUCUCUCUCUCUCUCUCUUUCCGAGGCAUUACUCUGAAAAUGUUGGAUGCAGCUUUUCAAUGUAUGAAGUAUUUUCUAUCACCCUUAACUUGUGAAAUCAGUUUCUCAAAUGCAAAAGUAAAAAAAAACAAAAAACAAACAAAAAAAAACAAAACCCUUUUUUAUUACGAUGGAGUGAUUUUUAGACACAAUAUUAUAUCCUAAAAGUACGUUGAAUUCUCUUCCUCAACAUUGGACCUUCUCACCUUUUGAUCCCCGUUCCCUGUGACCAGGAAGUAGUCGUCAAGUUUCUGGUGUUUGGCAAACGAAAGACAAGGAGCGCUUGAUUUGUCUGAAGUUUUUAAAACAACCCCAGUGAAACAUUUUUCAUAAUUCCAUUUUUUUUAUUUCGUUUUGGCUGGACUCAAGAAGGUAUCUGUGAUCGUCUCCCUUAAAGUGAUGAAAUGUACCACAGGUGAAGAAAACAAGCGCUCCUCAGCUGCACGGCAAACACCAGAAGCUUCUUAUUCCCCCGAUUUUCUGACCUACUAAGAGUGCAGACUAUUGUGUUGCAGUUUUGUUUAUUCCACUGCGUGUUUUGUUUGUUUAUUUGUUGAUUAGUAUUUGAAAUGUGUACGGGAGGAAUGAGGGAGGGUGGGGCCAGGGUGGGGCCAGGGUGGGUGGGGACUUGGGCCUAACAGGAUAUUCAGUGUAGAUAGAAACAACA